GUCACGUGAGUCCGGCGGCGGAUGCGCUUCCGGGUGAGCCGGGGCGCGCAGCGGAGCGGGCCGUUUCCGCGGCGGCGCGGGCGAGGCCGCGGCCCGUCCCCCCGCCCCGUCCAUCUCCCACCAGGAAAAAGGAUGAGAACACUGAUGUUUGACUUCUGGUACAAGCAGUAAUACUCUUCAGAUGAGAACUUAAAACCAACGCAGCCAAGAGCUUCAACUGACUUGGACUUGUAUGUCAGCAGAAUGGUUUAUUAUGUUCCAUUACUGGGGAUUCCUUGUUGCUGGUGAUGGGUGAGCCUGAAAAAACACAGCGUGACUUGCACAUCACAGGCUCCUCUUCAGCUCACUGGCCUAAAGACAAGAGGUUCUGGCUGAUCAGGAGUACCCAUUAGCAAUUUAAGUUGGCUGGAGAAUGGAAGGUGUUGAGUUUAAGGAGGAAUGGCAAGAUGAAGAUUUUCCAAGGCCCCUGCCAGAGGAUGAUCCAGUUGAGUCAGAUAUAUUGGCUGCAGCCGGAACAGAAUGUGAAGCUGAGGUUAAUGGAACCAAAGUAAGGAAGAAACUAAUGGCUCCAGAUAUUAGCUUAACUUUGGAUCACAGUGGGGAAUCUGUUUUGUCUGAUGACUUGGAUGAGAGUGGAGAGAUUGAUUUGGACAAUUUAGACACUCCUUCAGAAAAUAGCAAUGAGUUUGAAUGGGAAGAUGAUCUUCCAAAACCAAAAACUACUGAUGUAAUUAGGAAAGGAUCACUUACUGAAUACACUGCAGCAGAGGACAAAGAUGAUGGUCGACGCUGGCGAAUGUUUAGGAUUGGAGAACAGGACCACAGGGUGGACAUGAAGGCAAUUGAACCCUAUAAAAAAGUUAUCAGUCAUGGCGGUUAUUAUGGCGAUGGGCUAAAUGCCAUUGUUGUGUUUGCUGUUUGCUUUAUGCCUGAAAGCAGCCAGCCUAACUACAGAUACCUAAUGGACAAUCUAUUUAAGUAUGUAAUUGGCACUUUAGAGCUGUUAGUAGCAGAGAACUAUAUGAUAGUUUACCUGAAUGGUGCAACAACACGGAGAAAAAUGCCAAGUUUAGGCUGGCUUAGGAAAUGUUACCAGCAAAUUGAUAGAAGGUUAAGGAAAAAUCUGAAAUCGUUGAUCAUAGUUCAUCCUUCUUGGUUCAUCAGAACACUUCUGGCCAUCACAAAACCUUUUAUUAGCUCAAAAUUCAGCCAAAAAAUUAGGUAUGUCUUUACCCUGGCAGAACUAGCUGAACUCAUCCCCAUGGAAUACGUUGGCAUCCCAGAAUGCAUAAAACAGUAUGAAGAAGAAAAGUUUAGAAAGAAACAGAAAAGAGUUGACCAAGAGCUGAAUGGAAAACAAGAGCAGAAAAGUGAACAUAUUGAAAAUGUUCUGAGGAGAAGCUGCUGGAGUGUUUUCAGAAAGUCAGGUCCUUAUCUUACUGUGCUCCUUACUCUAGCUUGCUCAGCUGCUAGUUAAUAUUUAUGACAUGGAAUUCCAGGUUAGUAAUUACAAAAAAUAUUCACGGAAAGUUUACUUUCCCCAUGGUUCUGCAGUGUUUCUUAUUCACUCAUCUGAACAAAGGCUUUUUAUGGAGAAGAAGAGGCUGAGUCAUAGGGUGCUCCACCAGUUGAGUGGUGGAUGGAAGGGCUAAGGCAUUGCCUGUUAGCACACAUAUUAACCUUUACUGAUCCUAUGUGAAAGGUGCAGUGUUUAACAAAACGAAGCUGCAGUACUCAUGCAAAAACACGGGCUGUGAAUCACAGAUGAUAUAACUGGCUUAAAGUGACUACUCUUCACAGAUGUGACUAUUUUCCUUUGGCCCUUUACUAUAAAGCUACGUAAGUACAAGACUUCACCUACCUCUUAAGAAUGUUACGAUCCUUUCUUUUUAAGUGAGCAUGUUUUCUGUUUGCAUUCCACUGUGUCAUGGAGUAAUGUGAUAAACACGUCUCUGAAUGUGCCAGCUGUUAAUACUUACAGGAAACUUCUUAAUUAGGAACAAAAAUAAAUACUAUAUGCAAUAAAUACCUUUGGAAAAGGUCUUAAUGUCUUAUUUUCCUGCUUAGGAAUACAUGGACACUACG